UUUAAAGAAAGGCGGUCUGAAUCUUAUUUUGGUUUCGAAACAUAUUUGACUACAAUUUGGCAUAUAACGGAAGUAAGUCAAAAUACAAAUACAUCAGAUUAAGAGUCAAAUGUAAAGUAAGAGGUUUGAUUGAGUUCAAGACAGUUGUGAACGGCGGCCGUGUGGACCCUGCACUUCUCAAUGGCCCUACUCCAGCGCUGAAUACCAUUGGCAUCCGGAAAUGAUGAAAACUGUGGUCUGGGGUGAAAAAGGGAGAGAGAAAAAAAAAGCCUCUCUUGUGAAGAAAUGAGUUGCAGAAGAGUAAUGAUUGCUGGUUCCGUUUCUGGCAUCUGUGCCUGAGUGAGCUGCUUGGCAGAUGUCCCGAGUGAAAGAACCUCUAAGGCCUGAAGGGCCAGAAGAGGAGGACAUUUUUAGUGAAAACAGUCUUUUACUUCACACUGAUGAUACCAAUAAACAUGAUGAGGGGAGAGAAGUUACACAGCGGGAGGACUUACCUUCACCAGGUAACUGGCCCAUACAUCAGGAUGCAGAGCACCCAUCAUCCCUGGUGAAUGACACUACUGGUGACCUCAUCAGAACUCAACCUCAAUCACUGCCUUGGCCAACUACUUCAGCACUGGAACAGACUGAGGGGGAAACUGGCAAAUUACAAAAUGGCCACAUGAGUCUGAGUAAUGUAAAUGGAAUUCACAAUGGGGUCACACGUGGGAUUUCAGACCACAGAAAGCUCGCUGCUCCAGUCUCUCAAAAAAUGCACAGAAAACUCCAAUCAAGCCUUUCUGUGAAUAGUAAUGGUAGCAGGAAAAGCAAAUUAAGCUCUACAAACUCUCAGAAACCAACUUCCACACCAGAAGAUGGCUGUGUACAUUGCAUUCUCACCUGUCUAUUCUGUGAGUUCGUCACCUUCUGCAACAUUAUCCUGGGACAAGCUUCCUGUGGUAUCUGUACAUCUGAAAACUGUUGCUGCUGUUGUGGAGCAGAUGAUCUUGGGGAUGAUUGUAACUGCCCAUGUGACAUGGAUUGUGGCAUUAUGGAUGCCUGCUGCGAGUCUUCAGAUUGCUUGGAAAUCUGUAUGGAAUGUUGUGGGAUUUGCUUUCCUUCUUGAUCAUCUGGAGCAGCAUGAUUUCUAAAAGCAAGCUGAAUAAACUGGAGACAGUGUUCAUCCUGUUGCCAAGACAGGAGAUGUCAAAAUACUCUGGUCGUGUUCAACAUUGUGAAGACAAAACGGUUGCACUCACUUCUACAUAGACCUAAAAAUAACUUGUGUGGAAUCUUAUAUCAUCUCUCUAUAUGAAUAUGGACCAUAGAUUUGGUGAUUUUUGUUUUAAAAAUGUGCAGUUCGAGUUUGCAAAUGUUGCUUUGUUAAUAGGCAAAGGUGUUGCCAACGAACAUUAAAUAUAUACAUGUUAGUUAAUAUACAGUUUCAAAACCAAAGCUGUUUCUCCUCAGACUUUUGAAAUGCAUUCAUGUUGUAUGUUGUUUGUGAUAAAGAAUUUUUUUUAAAAAAGUAUGUAUUAUAUAGUUAGAUUUACAAUCCAGGUUCACAACUUUCUGCCUUAAUUUUUCUUGAUGCUUUUGGUUCACAUUAAAGGAAUCUGUUUGGUUGUGAAUUCCAUUAAAUACCAUAUUAAAUUAUUAAAUAUGCAUUUUACUGUAAACUACUGUUAAGAACAUUCUUUAAGUGUCUGGUUUAAAAACAAAUUAAAGAUUUGAUUUUGUAAAUGCUUUUUGAUGCACCCUUAAAAACAAUGAUUUUUUUUUACAAAUAUUCAUCUCUGCUUAAUUUCCUGAAGUAAUUUUUUAAUUGAAAACCAGAUUAAGCGUACCUGCAUGGGGAAAGUGGGAGGAAUUUUUCCAUACUCUUGUUUUCUUUAAUUUAAGACUUUUUUCCUGGACAUUUUCUGGAAACUUUGUGUUGAGUAAUAAUGGACCAAAUUAAGCUGAUAAAGCAAUAUAGUAUUGCUGGAUGGAAACAUUUGCUAACAUUUUUAACAAGUUUUUUUUUCCUUUUUGAUUUGUAUGUAGCUUUAUUUUGUGAGAUAAACCAAAGGAAGCCAGAUACAUAUAUUUUUAUGCCUUUCUGUUUUUUUUUAAAGACUAGAACAUUAUCCUAAGCCAUGUACUAAAAC